AUGCCUCGGGUAAAAAUAACUCCCAGGAGAGUAUCAAACAGACAGGAAAGGGAAACCGACAACAUGGACGAGGUGUGUAUUAGUUCAUAUCGCAUCAUUUUUAUCGGUGAAUUUCAGAGUAUACUUGAUGACGAGGAAGUGGAAAGACUAGAGCAAGAGUUGAACAGUCUGCGUCGUGAGAAGGCAAAACAAAUCAGGAAAAUGCGAUUCAAAAGAGAAGAAAGAAGAAAAUACGGUCAUUCGUCGUACAGUUCGAACGAGUCAGAUACGGAACAGUAUUCUGAUCAGGAAGAUGUGGAAGAGAGCGGGGAGCUAGAUGUGACGCCGCGUCAGUCAACACGGGAUCUCGCAGAUGGAUUUGAAAAGGCUCAGAAAAGGUUCAUGUUCAACAUUCGGCAUAUUGAGGAAAAGUAUAGAGAACGAGAACUACGCGGGCUCCCAGAAUCAAAAAUCGAAAUUGAUCGACAUGGAAGAUUCUACUUUCCGGAAAAUAUGGCAGCGUGCCACCAACAAGCUUUUGUAAACCGAAUGUUUCAAUACGACUCGCUUUUCGGGAAAGGAAGUGUUUCGGCACCUCGAAACUCUAUUCAGUCUUUCGAUGGAGAUAGUCGGGCAUUAAAGAAAUCUCAGCAGUUAGAUGAAAAAUUUGGGCGAAAAUUGCGGCCUUCAGAAGUACAUAAUUUUCACGACAACGCAAGAAAAGGAAGGAUUGUUAGUUCUGCUCACGUGUCAGGAAUACCCCUAUUCGUCCGGUAUUCUUCAGAAGACAAUGACAGACGAGAUACUUCGCAGUUUUCAAACGAUUACGACGAUGAUGUUUUCGAACCACUGCCGAGAGAGCACCGCGCGUAUAAUCAAAAGUUCCCGGGUCUUCAUGGUGAAAGUAUGUUUUCAUCUCACGAAAAAAACAGUUCUGAAGAAGAAGAGAUGUCAGACGAUGAGGAGACCACAGAUAACGAGGAAGGAAUCACAGAGAACGAGGAUGAAACAACUGAUUCGAGUACAGAAACUUCUGACGAAGAAGAUGAGGAGGAGGGAAGCGAUAAGACAACAAAGUCUGUGAAGCAGGAAGUGGUGCAACAACCAACAAGUAGACAAAACGCUAGUGAAAAAACAACGCCGGUGGGAACAAAAAAUACUCGAACAAGUCCAAGAGAGUCAACAACAGUGUCACCUCAGAAAGUGACAAUGAUUGUGGUAAAGUCCGAAGUUGUUCACCAGGAAUCUUUGCAAAGGGAAAAACAGGCGCCUGAAUCAACUCGGUUGAAGGAAACAACGCCAAUCAUACCUCAGAUUCCUAUCAAACGAGAAAUUUCAAGUGUGGGUCCAUCCACUCCUCGCAUUUUGCGAAACAUAGCCACUUCUAAUACUCCUUCAAGAAACAUUAUUGACGGGAAAUGUGUAACAGUCGCAAAUGUGGAAGGAUUGAAAAUUGCUUCAACAAGUGAAACAGUCAAUUCAAAACCCGAAAAGCCUUUACCAUACUCGAAAGGAGACAUCAGAAAAUUUAUGAAGCCGAAACCUGUACAACAGGACGAUUCCAAUAGCAAGCCUGCUUGUGGUAAGGAAUAUCUUAUUUCAGACCUGGCUCAAUCAACUCACCAGCUUCAUGAAGGUUCAAAUGCGUUGGAGACACUGGAUGUUAUUAUAUUACCGACGCUCGCUUCAGCUGACAGACCAAAGAGAACCAUAAAACCAACUGAGAAAGCGGUUAAUUUGAAAAAGAAUUCCCCCGACACUAGCUGCAGUCAGUCUCAUGAGACGAUCUCUAAAAAACGAAAUAGUGAAACGAAAUGUCAGAAACAAAAUCGAAAGAGUAGUCCAUAUUGCAAGCACUGCGAAAUUUUGGCGGAAGAAGAGAAGAAAGCCAAACAAAAUGCAAAAUUGAAUAAAAGUCUUCCUGUAAAUAAGGAAUCUCCAAAAACGUCGGAAGUUCCAAAAGUUGCCUCACGAAUUCAAGAAGCAAAGCCAAGGAAAUCUGGAAGCAAGAAAGACGAUAAAUUUUGCAAAAAUUCAGAGCUCGGGUCAUCAGACGAAAGAUUGGGCCACAGUAAAAGGCGAUCAGACACUGCAGCUUCAGGAGGUCCCGAAAAGAAAAAACAAAAAUUGGUUGAUUCCGACCUUUUAUCGAUUCCGUCAUCAUUGGCGAUCGUCGUUGACACUGAUUUAAUAAUAACUGAAAAUCCAUCUCUGGCAUCAUCGAGUAUACCAAAGUUUUCGGAUAAAUGCCCAUCACCUUCUCGCUGGAGCUCGAACGUCGACGAUAAAUGGAUAGAGGACUUAAAGAGAGUUCAAUCAAAUGCCAAAGUUCCUCAGCUUCUUGGAGUUCGAGUUUCAGAGGUUCCGGAAAAUGUGCCACUUAUCAAGAUUUGGGUAGAUAAUCUUAAUCGGUCAGUAUAUACUUCCUAUAUCAUUCGUCAAUAUUUCACUGUUUCCAGAAACAAGUCUGAUAAAGAUCCUUUCGAAAAAGACAUUCGACGAUUGGUCGCUCAAGACAAGAAAGCCAGAUUGGACUUAAAAGCGGGAUAUGAUGUUCGCGGAUAA